AUGUAAAAAAUACAGAUUCAAUAUCAAUUAAAUCAAGCUAAUUUUUAAAUAAUUAGUGCCUAUUGUGUUAAUAAGUACUUAUUUUAAUUAAAUUAAUUGAGUUGCAAUCGGACAAUAUUAUUUUAUCAAAACAUAUGGUUAAUGGAUAAUUAAUGUGGUUAAAAUGGAUGUUUAUGCAUCGUUUAAGAGUUUCAAAGCUAAGAUCAAAAGCAAAUGUCUAAGUUAACACUUGACACUAUGUUUUGUUAUAGAAAUUAAGCAAAGAAAGGAGGAUGCAUAGUUAGCCAAUAGAUUGGUCUUUAAAUAACAAAUAGUAUUUUAAGUGAAAAACUCACAGAAUAAGGAGAAAGUAUUUAUUAUGAUGGAGAAAUUACAAAUCUUUUAUUUCAAAAUAAUCUUAUAGUGUCAAAUACAGCAUAAGAAGGAGGUGCAAUAUAUCUAGGCAGCCAAAGUUUACCUGAAUUAAAUAAAACAGUAAACUAUUUGAGUAAUAAUACUGCACAUAGAUAUGGUAAUAUUAGUUCAUCUCACUCAACUUAACUUACAAUAUAUACAAAAAUUUGUAGUUUUAAACUUUAGUAUAUUAAUGCUUACUUAACUAAUUAAUCCAAUCCAUCAGAAUUAUUAGUCUUAAAAUUGCCGAGUGGUUAAUAAAUUUAGACGUAUUAGUAUAUUGAUAUCGAUAAAUAAAAAUACUAGCAUUAACAAAUAAAAUUCAGAGUUUUAGCUUUAAACGCUUAUCACGAAUAACAAUUUCAUCUUAAUAAUAGUGAAUGUUUAAUUUAAAGUGGCCUCCAGUAAGGUUCCUAAGAAACCGUUUUUACAAAUAAUAUACAAAUUAUAAUCGAAAAGUGUUUGAUGAAGAAACUUAAGAUUAUAAUUUAGAUGAUUUAAUUAUUUUUUACGGAACUGAGAAUAAUGAAAAGUUGUAAUAGUGUCUAAAUCCCCAAAUAUGAAGAUACUUUUCCUUAUUAGAUAAUGGAUUACAACUCUAAAUAUUAAUUAAUUUUAUACAUUCAAACAUAUCCAUGUGAAUUGGGAGAAUAUAAGAACCUCACUGAUAAUGCUUGUUAUUUAUGUGACAUUAACAAGAAAUAAUAUUCAGUAACUAUCAAUGCAACAACCUGUUAAUUUAUGGAUGAAGAUACAAUAGUUUCAAUAACACCUGCCUAACUUUAUUUAAAGCUAGAUAUUGGAAUAGUGAAAUUAUUGAGCAUUGUUAAAAUAGAAUAGAGAACUGUUUAGGUGGAUGGAAAUAAGGAACGAGACUUGUGA